AUGGCUGAAGACAAGACGGAUCAUCCGAGGCUGAACGAGCGCAUCCUGUCAUCCCUCUCAAGGCGAUCUGUCGCUGCACAUUCCUGGCAUGAUCUGGAGAUAGGACCUGGAGCCCCUCAGGUCUUCAACGUUGUUGUUGAGAUCACAAAAGGGAGCAAAGUUAAGUAUGAACUUGACAAGAAGACUGGCAUGAUCAAGGUUGACAGGAUUCUAUACUCAUCCGUAGUCUACCCACACAAUUAUGGUUUUGUACCGCGGACGCUGUGUGAAGAUGGGGAUCCAAUUGAUGUAUUGGUCCUGAUGCAGGAACCAGUGAUACCUGGUUGCUUUCUUCGAGCUAAAGCCAUUGGGCUUAUGCCCAUGAUUGAUCAGGGUGAGAAAGAUGAUAAGAUCAUUGCAGUUUGCGUUGACGAUCCAGAGUACCGCCAUUUCAAUGAUCUUAAGGAGCUCUCUCCCCAUCGCCUAGCUGAAAUCCGCCGCUUCUUCGAAGAUUACAAGAAGAAUGAGAAUAAGGAGGUUGCUGUAAAUGACUUCUUGUCAUCGAACACUGCGCAGGACGCCAUUAAGCACUCCAUGGACCUAUACGCUGAAUAUAUCAUGCAAAGUCUGAAGAACUAG